AUGCGGGUCAUUUCACCUACCUUCACAGUACUGGAUGCGAGACAAAUGAUGCCAAAAAUAUUUGCAGUUAUAAAGAGUAUUAUGAGUGGGCAUAUCACUUUGCCCAGAAAUGAGAAUUUACAUGCAGGCUAUGAAUAUGAUUUUUCGCACGACAGCACAAAAGAUCAUACUCACAUCCUCAGUCAGUACCCUAGUGACAACAAAAUACGUGACCUACUGGAGGUUGCAGAAUCUUUGGCAGAGGAACUUGCAGCUUUUGCCGGUAUGGCUACCAAUAAUCCGGAUGUCUCAGUUCAGGAGCCGACAGGCGAGCAGACCUUAGAAGAGCAACAUGCUGAUGUGUCUAUAUCAAUACACAAGCGCUCCUACUUGGAGUAUCCUUUCAACUCAGCCACAGUCACUCCUGAAGAGGCAUUAGAAACUGCGGCUGGAUUGACGAGUCAACAUCAAGAAGCCGAUGUGGUAAUGUCUAAAUUAACAUCGGAGUUGGAAGAUCUAGCGUUUGGAGCUUCAUUCACCUCGAUGGUACAGCAGCCAGAUCCGAACCAGCUACCCAACAAAAGUGCGAAAUCUACAACUAUUUCAGAAGCCUCUUUGACACCAGAUGGAAUCUUGAACAUCGUUGAUAUGGCUUCCAAAAGGCAUGCUCAUGACAGCCAGGUUCAAAAGCAUCACGGUCCGGAGCGACCACGUACCACAUCAAAAGACCUAUCUGUUCCUCAAUACGAUCCUGACACUGGCAGCGAGAUACUUUCACCAAGUCAGUACAGCAAAGCUGUCUCAUUCUACUGGCGAUCUCAUGAGGACCCCGAGUACGGUGAAAGCCGUCAAAAUCACUGGAAAACCCUCGGAAAACGUAAGUUGCACAAGGAUACAGACGAUCCCCCAGAGAAGAAUCUAGAGGCACUGGAUGCUCCUGGUACACAAAUCGAACGUAUAUCAGGAGCCGAUUGUACCGAGCCAAAAAAAACAACCAAGUGGCUAGGAUAG